AUGACAGACGACAUUUUGUCCGUGUUCCUCGCCAAAGAUGGCGUCAAGAACAUCCCUUUCGAAAUCAAUACGCCCCUGGCUCAGAUGAGCUUAUUUGACACCAAGACCUUGGCAUUAAGACUUGUAGAUAGUCUUGUUCAUCUCAAAGAUGACUCUGGCGAAUAUCGGGUCCCACUACCGAAUGGCGGGUUCAAAGUGGAUUCAAAGUCCUGGAACAAUUGGGAGUGGACGCAGGGGGUCGGAUUGUACGGAAUGUGGAUACUGUUUGAAAUCACAGGCGAUGAAGCUGUUCUGGCUCAUAUUCAAGCAUGGUUCAACACACAGUUUGAGAAAGGCACGCCGACUAAGAACGUGAACAGCAUGGCUCCCAUGUUGACGCUGGCUUAUCUGUAUGAGCGAUCGAGGAGAUCGGAGUACAAAGCAUACCUUGAGUCAUGGGCCGAGUACAUUAUGGACGGAAUCCCUCGAACAGAAGAGGGCGGCAUUCAGCAUAUCACCUUCCGACAGGUCAACGAGGGCCAGCUCUGGGACGACACUUUGAUGAUGUCGGUCCUUCCUCUAGCUAAAAUCGGAGUUCUUCUUAAUCGCCCAGCGUACGUGGAAGAAGCUAAACGCCAGUUUCUGCUCCACAUCAAAUAUCUCACCGACAGAAAAACCGGUCUGUAUUACCAUGGCUGGACGUUCAUAGAAAGGCAUCACUUUGCCGAAGCUCUGUGGGGGCGAGGAAACUCAUGGGUGACUAUUGCAAUUCCUGAGUUUAUCUCUCUCUUACAAUUGCCACCUGGUGAUCAUCUCCGAGAAUUUCUAGUUUCAGCACUUGAACAGCAGGUCCUUGCUUUGAAGAAAUACCAGAACACGAAUGGGCUGUGGCAUACUUUGAUCGACGACCCAACCUCCUAUCUAGAGGUCUCAGCUUCGGCUGGAUUUGCAUUUGGUAUUCUCAAAGGGGUGCGAAUGAAAUAUCUCGGAAAGCAAUACAAGGAAAUUGGUCUCAAGGCGCUAGAAGCAGUGAUCAACAAUGUGAAUGAGAAGGGCGUGGUAGAGAACGUGAGCUUUGGAACCCCGAUGGGACCAACCAAAGAAUUUUACAAGGCCAUUAAGCUUACGGCAAUGCCGUAUGGGCAAGCAAUGGCGCUUCUUUGCAUUGUGGAGAGAAUAAAAGAUUUUUUGUAA